AUGUACUUCAAGAAGCUGCUCACUUCGGCCGUAGCCCUGAGUGGCUCUGUCUGGGCUCAGAGCCAAGCUGGCAUCGAGGAUCUCGAUGACCCCGGCAAUGACCUUUACGAAAAGGACCUGUCCAAAUGCCCAGGAUAUAAGGCGACAAAGCAGUGGGAGACUCGGUCUGGCUUUUACGCGGAACUUUCUCUCGCAGGGCCGGCAUGCAAUGUUUUCGGGACUGACCUCCCAGACUUGAAACUCGAAGUGGAGUAUCAGACCAACGAUCGACUCCACGUCAAGAUCUUGGACAUCAACAACACGGUCUAUCAGGUUCCAGACAGUGUCUUCCCACGCCCCGGCUUCGGUCAAUGGUGCUCCCCCAAGGAUAGCAAGCUCAAGUUCGACUUCAAUGCUGACCCCUUCUCGUUCACUGUAUCUCGGACUGAUACUGGAGAGGCGCUUUUCGAUACCACGGGUAACAAGCUGGUCUUCGAGAGUCAAUAUGUCUAUCUUAAGACACACCUGCCGCAGAACCCGCAUCUUUAUGGACUGGGAGAGCACAGCGACGCGUUCAUGCUAAACACGACUAACUACACUCGGACCAUCUACACCCGCGAUGCCUACGGGACGCCUCAGGGCGAGAACCUGUACGGCGCUCACCCGAUCUACUUCGACCACAGGAAGGAAGGCACUCACGGAGUCUUCCUGCUUAACUCCAAUGCCAUGGAUAUUUUCAUCGACAACAAGGGUGGUCAGUACCUUGAGUACAACAUCAUCGGCGGUGUUCUAGAUUUCUACUUCCUUUCUGGUCCCUCUCCGCGCGAUGUGGCUAUUCAGUACGCGGAAAUCACUCAGCUCCCGUUGAUGACGCCUUAUUGGGGACUUGGUUACCACCAAUGCAAAUACGGCUACCAAGACGUCUACGAGGUUGCCGCUGUCACCGCCAACUACUCCUCCCAUAACAUUCCUCUGGAAACCAUCUGGACGGAUAUCGAUUACAUGGAUCGUCGGCGGAUUUUCACCAUUGAUCCAGACAGGUUCCCGGCAAAUUUGUACAAGGACCUGGUGGAUACAAUCCAUGCGAGAGACCAACAUUACAUCGUCAUGGUCGAUCCCGCCGUAUACUACAAAGAGUCCAACCCGGCGCUCGAUGCAGGUCUCGAAUAUGAUACUUUCAUGAAGGAAAAGAAUGGCUCCGAAUACCAGGGAGUUGUUUGGGCUGGUCCAAGCUACUUCCCUGACUGGUUUCAUCCCGCAUCGCAGCAGUACUGGAAUGAGCAAUUCCUAGAGUUCUUCGACGGAGAGAACGGUCCGGAUAUUGACGCAUUAUGGAUCGACAUGAACGAGCCCGCAAACUUCUUCAACCGCCCCUACCCAGGUAACAACACCACUCCGGAGAAGUUCGCGGAGGUGGAUGGUGACCCACCAAAGCCGCCACCAGUCCGAAAUGGCCCAGAUGCUCCUAUCCCCGGGUUCCCCGACAGUCUUCAGCCCAACUUUGCUUCCAGUAACUCAAAUGAGAAGCGUGCAACUUCUGUUGUCCAACGUCAAGCUCGGUCUCGUUUCCGCCGCAACCUGGGUGCUGGUCAUUGGCGCUCUGCUAAGCCCCACUGGGCUUCUUCAAAUUCCAGCUGGCAGCACGGCAAAAAGACUGGCUCUGGCUGUGGACCUGACGAGUGCAAGGGUCUCCAUAAUCGCGACUUUAUCAGGCCACCGUAUAUGAUUCAAAAUGGCGCAGGACCCACGCUUGCUGACAGCACUGCUGACACCGAUCUGGUGCAGAGUGGUGGAUAUGUUCAAUAUGAUACCCACAAUCUUUACGGCGCUAUGAUGUCAUCGCAUUCUCAUAAUGCCAUGCGUGCCAGGCGCCCAGAUGACCGCGCCUUGGUAAUUACGAGAAGCACAUUUGCUGGCUCCGGCAAGGACGUCUCCCACUGGCUUGGGGAUAAUGUUUCCGGAUGGCUCUGGUACCGCCUUUCCAUCAGUCAGAUCCUGCAGUUCGCAUCGCUAUACCAAAUCCCCGUUGUGGGCCCCGAUGUCUGCGGCUUCGGCGGUAAUGUAACAGAGACGCUCUGUGCCAGAUGGGCAGCUCUUGGCUCCUUCUACACAUUCUUCCGCAAUCACGCCGAAAUCUUCGCGAAUCCCCAGGAGUUCUACCGCUGGCCGACAGUCGCUGAGGCGGCGCGCAAUGGAAUUUCCAUUAGAUACCAGCUCCUCGACUACAUUUACACCGCCAUCUACAAACAGAACCAGACUGGCACCCCGGCGCUCAACCCUCUGUUCUUCAACUACCCGAACGACGCCAACACCUAUCCUAUCGACCUGCAAUUCUUCUAUGGGGAUGGAAUCCUUGUCAGCCCCGUGACAGAGGAAAACAGCACAAGCCUCAACUACUAUCUCCCCGACGACAUCUUCUACGAGUGGGGCACAGGCAAGCCUGUCCGUGGCCACGGCGAGUACGUCUCCGCCGAGGUCGACUACACAGACAUCACUGUUCACUACAAGGGCGGAAUUGUCUACCCGCAGCGUAUCGAAAGCGCCAAUACUACGACCGCGCUGCGCAAGAAGGGAUUUAACAUUGUGGUUGCGCCUGGCCUUGACGGCCGCGCUGAGGGGUCGCUGUAUCUCGACGAUGGCGAGUCAGUUGUGCAGGACACCGUGUCGGAGAUCGACUUCAAAUACGCGCACGGCAAGCUCAGCAUGACUGGCUCAUUUGAGUACCGGCCUGGCGUCACUAUUGAGGCCAUCACUGUUCUUGGUGUGGAGCGCAAACCUAGGGGACUCCGUGAUGCCGAGUACGAUGCUGAGAAUAAGAAGCUGGUGCUUUAUGUUGAUGUGCCUUUGACGGGAAAGUCUCAGAUCAAGGUUGUAUGA